AUGAUCACGCCGCGCUUUUCCUGCUCGCAAACAUCCGACUCGGUGAUCACUCGGAUCUAUUGUCCCUCUGUUCGCGCAUCGGAGGUCGAGAUCCACGUAGCGGAUACGCUUCUGAGCGUUCACAUCGCGCCGUACUUCCUGCGUCUCACAUUUCCUGGUUCCGUGCUCGAGGACGACGCGUCAAGUGCUGUGUAUGACCCGGCGAGCGGGUAUCUUACCGUCACGCUCACGAAGGAGCAGAAGGGCCAAGACUUCCCUGACCUUGAUCUCCUCGCAAAGCUUCUCGCGCCACGCCCCAGCACGCAAGCGCAGCCACAGGGCCCUCUGAUCGAGGUUCUCGCUAGCGAGGACACCGAGCAUGCCGAGCUUGAGGCGCAGACGCUCUCUCUGAGUCUCGACGAUGCCAGUCUGACGCAGGAACAACGCGAAAUACUCGCCGCAGCGGAGAAUGACUGGCAACUACCUCAAACAGUGCCAGAACCACUACCUGACCUGCACACCUCCCUCGCAAAACCAUACGGUUUCCUCAAUCUACACACGGGCUUCUUGCGGCAUGUUGCGAAUACGGAAAACGAAGCGAAUGAGUUGGGGUCAGACGCUGAAACGCUGCCACCUUCCGAACGCCGGCGACUACGACUGGAGAAGGAGGAGAAGAAGUGGGAUGAGGAGUACUACAUGGCGGAUUAUGCCGACACGACCAUAAUCGACGAGAUCAUUUCCAUGCCUUCGCCGUUCAUCCCAUCUUCGAAUACGCAGGAUCUCCAAUUUACGGAAGAGGAGAAGCUCGAGAUGCUGCGUUUGCCGAGACGCGAAUACCUGGCUUCAUCGGCAGAAUUGCGCGCCUCAAGAUUAACACUACUCACCGUGCUCUUUGCUGCUGCAUACGAUACAAGAACGACCCAAGGCGAUCCUACUCCGGAAAGCGCAUGGACAGUCUGCGCCCUAACGCCUGCAUUCGCCGCGUUGGACCCCGCCCCCUACGUCUUUCCCCCAUCAUUCCCGCCACCGCCACGUUCCUCGUCGGAUGACCUGGAGCUGCAAGCUACAUUCGUUGCGUCGUACCGGCGCGCCCUUGCAUACCCGCUCUACCGUUCCUGGGCGCUUGCCGAGGCUUGUCGCCGUGACGUCGGCGCACUAUUGUCGCACGGGCGGCGAGCCGUACUUCGCGCGCUUCUGCGUAUCAGGGAGCUUCUAAAUAAGCACGAGGCUUACUAUAUCUACGCGCGCAUAUGGCUGGAUGACCUUUGCUCGUGGAUACAGCAAGAUGAUGAGGAUGCACUGCGCGCGCUGGGCGCGGCCGUCAAGCGCGUGUCUAUGUCGAAGGAGAUGAUUGGCUGGGAGCUUACAGCUCUUGAGGCGGCCGUUGACGAAGAUGCCGCGGAUGGAAGGACACCGGACAGUGACGAUGAGAGCGACGAGGACGCAGUUGCAGCCGUACUGUCAUAA